AUGGGUGGGCUUGCUUUGCAAACACGGGAUGAUUGGCUAUACAAGAUCCCUCCGAAGCAUGUGGAAAGCUUCAUUGAAGCGGGCUUGAUUCGAUGCUCCGACUUCCGAGACGAGGAUGUUCAAGACCGAGCGAAAACUGAUGCGCUCGGGAAACUCUUUACAGUUGUACAGAGCGCAUGGGUGACUGGCACAGUAAUUGCACAUCGCUACCGUUGCCUAUGUGGUGUGUGGGGCUUUGAUCUACGGAUUCUGGUGGUCCAAGCCAACCGACAUGACGACCCAGAUUGUGAGUUCUCUGCCCUAUAA